AUGCUGACAUUAACAAGUGACUUUGAAUCAGAUUCAUUUGUUUCCGAAAUGUCAAUCAAUGGAACAAAUCAAGAAAAAAAAGCUGCAGAAAAUAUACGAAGAAGUUUAGAUAUUCAAGGUGAAAAAUUAAAUGAAAUUACAUCAAAUAAUAGACAAUUAAUUCAUGUUGAAAGUCAAUUAGCAAGAUUAAGAUCUGAAUUAGAGAAAAGUGAAAUGUUAAGACAGACAUUAGAAUAUGAAUUAACACUUCUUAGAACACAACAUGGAAAACAAAAUGCUUUUACAAAUCAAUUACAAAAUCAAUUUAAUCAAGCCAAUGAACAAAUGAAACGACUUCAAUCAGAAUUAAAUACCAUCAAUCAUCAGAAAGACAAUCAAUUAAAAGAAAAAGAUAAGAAAAUAAAAGAAUUAGAAAAUCAAGCAGAAAUAUUUCAUGAUCGAGAAAGACGAAUUGAAGCUUUAAAUGAACAAAUUCAAAAAAUGGAAAAGACAUUUUCAGAAUCUGAGUCAUUAUCUCGACAAAAUUUAGCUCAAUCCAUAUUAUCAAAAGAACGUGAAACAGAAUUAAAAAGAGAAUAUGAGUUUUUUCGAAUAAAACUUGAAUAUAGUGAACAAGCACUUGAACAAGAACGUUCUAUAUCAAAUGAAGCAAAAUUAAAUGUUCAAUUAUUGAAUAAUCGUUUGUCUGAUAUGGAAAUAAAAUGUGAAGAAUUAAAAGAAAAUAAUAAAAAUCAAGAAAGAAAAAUUGAUGAACUUGAACGACAAUGUACAAAUGAAAAAAUUCUUCGAACAACACUUUCAAAAAUUCAAUCAGAAUUAGAAACAAAUUGUACACAAACACAAAAAUUAACUGUUGAUUACGAAAAACAAUUAAAAACUAUACGAGAUGAACUUUCAAACUAUCGUCGAAAAUUUCGAAAUAAUGAAGAAAAAUAUAAUCAAAUUGUGAAUAAAAUUUUUGAAUACCUUCGUUUAACAAAAAUAAUUCAAGAAACAACAAAUCAAUCAGAUAUUAAUUUACCAACGGUAAAGCAAUUAGAAGAACUUAAAAUUUAUAUUGAACAUUUAAAAAAUUCAAAACUUGAACAAACAAAUGAAAUAAAUCGUUUAAAAAAAACAAUUGAAAGAUUAAAUAAAAAUUCGUUAAAUCAAAAACAAGUUGAACAUCAAACAGAGAUGACUCGAGAAAAAUUGCAAAUUGAACUUGAUGAAUGCCAAGAAAAAAUGACAUUUCUAGAAGAAAAUUUUCAACGUUCAAAAAUUGAAUGUGAACAUUUAAUGAAAGAAAAUGAAAAAAAGAAAAUGCUAUUAAAUUUAAUUGAUUUUAAAUUAAAAAAUUUAAUUGGUAAAAAUUCGAAUAAUAUUGAACAUAAUUUGCAUGAAUUAGAAAAACAAUGGAAAAAUAUUCAUUUAAAAAUAAAUUUACUUGAUGAAAAAUUAAUUGAACGUGAUAAUGGAACUUUACAAUUAACACAAAAACUUGAAGAACAAGUUUUAAAUCUUAAACAUGAUUUAGAUCAAAGACAUCAAACAUUUUUAACACAAAAAAAUCAAUUAUUACAAACAAAUCAAAAUCAAAUUCAAAAUUUAAAUAUUCAAUUGCAGAAAAUGGAAACACGCGCAAAUGAAUAUGAACAACUUUUGAAAGUUUCAAAUAAUGAAAAUAAAAAAAAUAUUGAUGAAAUUAAUAAAUUUAAUUUAAUAUUAAAACAUUUAAUAUCAUUAUUAAUUCCAAUUCGUCGAAGAUACUUUCAAUUAAUUGAUACAAAUCGUUUCCUAAAAGACGAAUAUAGCAAAUACAAUAAAAUAAAAUCGAUUAUUUAUUUAGAUCAAUUAAUGAAACAGAAAAAAAAAUCUUUAAGAAUUUAUAUUAUUUCAAUAAUUGCUUCAAAAAGAUUUAUUUCAUUUAAAAAUAAAUCAUCCAUUAAAUGUAUUCAUUCAACUAAUUUUAUUUAUGAUCAAUCAAUUAUUUAUUCAUUUAAUUUAAAUUUUAUUCAAUCGAUUAAUACUGAACAAAUAUUUCAAUCAUUAAUUAAUCAAUUAAAUCGAUUCUAUUCACCUAUAACAAGAGGAUCAUUAAUUAAAUUAAUUGCUCAAGGAAUUCCAAAAUCAUCUUCACACAUUAAGAUUUUUGAUUAUGUUCAUUCAAUAAUGAUUCGUCUUGACCAAUCAGAAUCGAAAAUCCAUGAUAAAGAUAUUGAAUGUACAGAUUUAAAAAAAAGAUUAAAAACUUUUCAAACUGAAUUUGAAUCUCGAAUUGACUAUCAUAAAUUUGAACGUAUUUGUGAUGAAUUACAACGAGCUUUAGAUAGAGAAAAACAAGCACAAGAAUUACUCAAUGAACAAAAUAAUCAAUUGAAAUCUCUAACUGAUGUUCUUCAUCAAACACAAAAUGAAAAAGAUUUUAUUCAAGAGAAAUUUCAUCAGAUAGCUCAAAAUGAUAAAUAUUCAAAAGAUAAAAUUCAACAAUUAACUAAAACUCAACAACAAAUGGAUGAAAAUGUUAAAAGAGCUGAAAAAGCUAUUCGGCUUGUUGCUAGCGAUAAAGAACAAAUUGCAUCGUUUUGUAAUCGAAUAAAUUCAGCAUUGAAUGUUAGUGAAAAACGUGGAUUAGAAUAUGUUGAACAAUUAAUUAGUCAAUUAGAUGCACUUGUUCAACUUCCAACAAAUUCUGAUGAUAAUAAUAAAUCGUCGCCUGAAAUGGUUUCAUGCCAAACAAUGGCUAAUGGAUUUGUUAAUUUAUUAAAUCGACUUAAAAAGUUAAUUAUUAGCAAUACAAAUGAUAUUCAAUCAUUAAAAGAACAUUGUCAAAUGUUAACAGAACAAUUUCGACAAUUAUCUGAACAAGAUGUAUCAUCACAUAUUGAUUCAACACAAACAGUUCUCGUUCAAGCUCAUCCAGUUAGAGUUCAAGUUAAUCAUCAUCCUCAAUCAGCAUUUAAACCAAUAAAACCUGAACAAGAUUAA